AUGGCUACCCUUAAACCACCAUCCAGUCGUCCAAUACCAACCGGACCCCCGAAAGCUCCCCUCAAAGCUGAUCCCUCCGCCACAAUCGCCGACACAGCAGUCUUCCAAGGCACAUACCCCGUCACCAUCGGCGCGGGCACUAUCAUCCAUCCGCGCGCCCGCUUCUACGCCUACCAAGGCCCCAUAAUCAUUGGAGACGGCUGCAUAAUCAGUGAAAAGGCCACAAUCGGCACGCAACCCACACGAUCAACAGAGUCCAAAGAAAUCGCAACGCGUCUCUCCUACUUCGUGACCAUCGGUCCGUCAUCGACUAUCCACCCCGGUGCGCACAUUCAUUCGUCUGCGACGAUCGAGGCUCUUGCAACGAUACAUCGGGGUGCGGAUAUAGGUUCACAUUCGAAGAUAUGUCCUGGAUGUGAGGUUCCCGAGAAUGGAAAGGUGGAUGAGUGGGUUGUUGUUUAUGGGUCUGGGCUUGGACAGCGGAGGAAGAGGGCAAGAGAGGCUAAAGAGCCCGGACCUGCUGUUGUUGUCGCAGCGCAGGUUGCGCAGGUUUCUGUACCUGGGCCUGCGCCUAAGGGAAAGAUUAUUGAGGACGCCAGGUUGAUGGUCUUGCAGAAGGAGAGGGAGGUUUUGGCAAGGAUGAUCGUUCCAGCUGGGGCGAAGAAGAAGUGA